UCAUACAAAUGGGUGAUGAAAGGGGAGAGAGAGAAGAAAGGAGCAAGGUGGAAAAAACAAGAGAGGAUUAUAGACGAGGAGGAAGAAGAGAGAGGGGGGAGAGAACAGUAGGAGAGAAUCGGGGGGGACAGGGGACUACUUAGCAGACAGUGAUGAAAAGGCUGACUUGGGAGUUGGAAGGGGGGAGUGUCAUCAGAGAUAAAUAAGCUGUACAAUGUCUCACAGGGUCAGCAGGUUGCUUGAACUCAGCAGGUCAUCCUUUCUUUAUACUGGAUGAUGGACAGCCAGGACAGAAUUGAACUCUGCUACCCUGAGCUUGCGAAUUUGUCUUGCAGGGGUUUAACACGUCCUCAGCCUGAGGCUGUCCUCCUCUAUACACUGUUCUUUUCCAUCUCUGUGCUAACUGUAGCUCUGAAUGUGCUGGUUAUCAUAUCCAUCUCUCAUUUCAGGCAGCUCCACAUGCCCACCAAUGUCCUCCUGCUCUCUCUGGCCAUCUCAGACCUCUUGGUCGGGCUAAUUGUUAUGCCGGUGGAAACAAUGCGGUUUAUAGAAACCUGCUGGCUGCUGGGAGAUCUCAUGUGUGCUUUUUCUUACAUUAUCGGCUUCACUCUCACCUCAGCCUCUGUGGGCAACAUGGUGCUCAUAUCAAUUGAUCGCUACGUAGCUAUUUGUUAUCCUCUGCAGUACCCCACUAAAAUCACUCACAGCAGAGCGGAGCUGUCUGUGACUCUGUGCUGGGCCUGUUCGCUCCUCUACAACGGGCUGAUCUUAAAUGAGCAUCUCAGGCAGUCAGACAGGCAUAACACCUGUCACGGUCAGUGUUUGGUGGUGAUUAACUAUGUCUCUGGAGCCAUCGACCUUGUCUUUACUUUCAUCGGCCCUUGCUCAGUCAUUAUCAUUCUGUACAUGAGAGUAUUUGCUGUAGCGGUGUCUCAGGCUCAUGCCAUGCGGUCUCAUAUUACAGCUGCUGCAGCUGGUACAGUAAAAAUCACCGCAAAGAAAUCAGAGAAAAAGGCAGCCAGGACUCUUGGCAUUGUGAUAUUUGUGUUUUUGAUGAGUUUCUGUCCGUAUUACUAUCCCUCUCUUGCAGGGAAGGACAUUUCAAACAGUGCUUCAUCUUGGGCUAUUGUUUCCUGGAUGCUGUACUUCAAUUCUUGUCUGAAUCCACUGAUAUAUGCUUUUUUCUACCCGUGGUUUAGAAAAGCUAUCUGGUUCAUUGUCUCCCUGAAGGUACUAGAGAAGGGCUCCUCUCAGGCAAAUAUACUUUAAAAUAGCAAAUUUAUCCUGAACCAAAUCAGUCUGU